AUGUCUGAGGAAAACCUGGGGGAAGACUCGGGCAGCUCCCCUGUCUCUCCUGCGGACAGCCUGAGCCACAGCGAGGGGGAGCUGGACAGACAGCCGAAGAGGUGUGGGAGGAAGAGGAGACCGAGCAGGAGGAACGGGGAGGACUCAGAUAGCCCGACCCCUGGGAAAAGAGGGAAGAAGUCCAGCAGCAGCAGCCCCCAGUCUUUCGAGGAGCUCCAGUCGCAGCGCGUCAUGGCCAACGUCCGGGAGCGCCAGAGGACGCAGAGCCUCAACGAGGCGUUCGCGUCCCUCAGGAAGAUUAUCCCCACUUUACCCUCGGACAAACUCAGCAAGAUACAGACUCUGAAACUAGCAGCCAGAUACAUCGACUUCCUGUACCAGGUGCUGCAGAGCGACGAGCUGGACUCCAAGAUGUCUAGUUGUAGUUAUGUGGCUCAUGAGAGGCUGAGCUACGCCUUCUCAGUGUGGAGGAUGGAGGGCGCCUGGUCCAUGUCCACAUCUCACUAGCACCUGGGACAUUAUGCCCUCACUGGUGACUGCUGAAUCUACUUAUCACAUUCUGACGGGACUAAUCUGGAGUCCAAUGCUGGAUACAUGGAUCACUAUUUAAACCAAACACCACGGAAACUCUGGGGGGGGUGUUUUUUUUU